AGGGUUCUCGUUCUUGUGGAGUCACUCACAUUCAGAUGAUGCGGCUGCGACGAGGGCACAUCACCCAGCUUCUGCUGCUGAUACUUGCUCCCGUUCGCCUCCUGCAGGAGAUCACCAUUGAAGAGGCUGCGACAACCCUAGCUCCUCCUCCUCCUCAGACCAUUUCCUCCAUGAUAGGCUCCCUCCGUGGCCGCGGCCGCCGCCUCCUCGCCGCCGCGUCCGCCCUCGCGCUCCUCCUCCUCCUCCUCCUGUCCCGCUCGCCGCGUCGUCGUCCCCACGGGUAUGGCGUCGUCAUCGACGCCGGUAGCACGAGGAGCCGCGUCCACGUCAUCGCCUACCGCUCCCCCGCCGCCUCCGCGGCCGCGGCCGCGCUCCCGUGGAUCGACUGGGCGCGCACGGCGUCGAUGAAGGCGGCCCCGGGCUGUUGUCCUUCGCCUCCGAUCCGGGCAGCGUGGGUCGGUCGCUGGCGCUGCUCGUGGAGUUCGCUCAUGGUCGGCGGCGGCGAGGCCCGGCAUGGUCGGGUGAGGCAAGGUGGGAAGUCACGCGGGCGGCGGGUGAGGCUCAUGGUCGGCGGCGGCGGCGAGGGCCGGCAUGGUCGGGUGAGGCGAGGUGGGAAGUCACGCGGGCGGCGGGUGAGGCGGGCGGCGUGGCUGGUGUGGCGGGCGGCGGAGAUAAUCCUCUUUGGCGUGCGUUCUUUUUUUCGUUCUUUUUGGCGUGCAGUUUCUUUUUCCGGAGCGAGACGCAGUGUUAAUCCGGUGCUAAUUGCAACCGCAGGAUUAAUCCGGCGCUAAUUGCAAUCGCGGUGUUAAUUACACUAAACAACUCGUGCUUUUUAUAUUAGUCUA